AUGGCUAGGGCGUCGCCGAAAUCGCGCCAAGCUUUUAAGGAUCGGCAUGAAUCUGCUAUAAGGACUUCACCAUCCCGGCUCCAGGGCUUUAAUCCCGCUUCCACCUUCACACAUAUACGUAGCAGGCCUCUGCCAGCAAUAGUACACUCUCAAAGCAACCCCCCUGCACCGAAUUCAUUGACAGCACAUCUUGGUUCACCAAAUGCUAUGUCAGCCAAUAUGGCUUUCAACCCAAGGCACCAACGGGCAGUCUCCGAUAUAGGCCCAAUGACAUACACCCCAAGAACAGGAAAAGUGAGCAAAGCGCUAAAAGGGAAAAAAGUUCAUCAAUGCCAGUACCCAGGGUGUGAAAAGCUUUUCUCAAGAGCGGAACAUGUACGCAACGAUAAGUUGAACGCACUUCCAGGAAACACUCGCCGUGAAACUCACAUCCAAUUGAGCCCGGUAUCAAUGACUUCAGAACCACAGGGCUUAAUGUCACCUAUAUCAUUAAAUCAACAACACACAUCUGUUCCAGCCGUUCCCCAUGAUGGGGAUUUAAUGUCAAUCGGCUCCCUUGUGCAACCGGGGACCCAGCACCAUUUCGCGAACGAUUAUUCUAUGCCUGUAUGGUGUGAGCCGGAACGGGGACUAGUUAGAGGGGACUUGUUUUCCGAUUCACCGCAAGUAAAUGCCGACGAUACAAUGGUAUAUUCUUCACCUGACAGCUGUCGAUCGCCCGCUUCUGAUAUAAAUCCUUUUCAAUUCCCACAACGUACGCCUAUUAUGGACCAAUCUUACUCUGAAUCAUUUUACCAUCCACAAACGCAUACAUCAUCCUUUAAAAUGACCCCUACAGCUCCCGACUGGACUCCUCUUCAGGCAGGAACUUCUACUUCCCCGAUGUUACCUAUCUCCCUUGAAGGUGAUAUCCUUCAAACAGUAGGUGAACCUUCCAUUCGUUGUCGCUAUGGGAGAACUAGAAUUAACAUUCUGUUAGCCCUACACGUACCAGUACCCUUCGCCCCACUGGACAGAAAUGAGUGGUAUGCCCUGCGACGAGAACUUAAUUUCUCCCCCGGAGUCAUUCUCCGAAAUGACGGCAUGGAGAUAACCGACACUGCCCAAUGGCAGGACUGCCUUGAGUGCUAUUGGAAGCACUUUCACCCUAUCUUUCCGAUUGUCCAUCGCCCAAGCUUUUGCGCCGUAAACCCAAUACCGUUAAUGUCCGGUGCCAUGGUAGCGAUAGGAUCGCAGCAUGAUACAUGA